AUGAAUUAUCAUAAUAAUAUUGCUGCUGGUCUUUAACAUAAAGUUGAAUUAAAAAAGAUUGAACCUAAAAUUAAAUCAAUCCUUAAGAAAGCCUAAGAUAAUUAAAAUGAUUGCAAAACUAGAACUGAUUGGAAUGGUAAUCCAAUAUGCAAAAACUCAAAGAAAUAUUCAAUUAGUUUUAAAUAAAACUUAUUUUAAGUCAAAGUAGUAGAGAAUUGGAAGAAAUAUAAUAUAUUAGAUAAUAGUAAUUUAUUAUUAGAAAAAGAAUAAAAAAAAGAAUGUAUGAACAAUUGCUAUUUAUUUUGA